AUUACAUUCACGUUUUGCAUUGCACUUAACAGUACUUAAAUGAUGGUAUGUAUGAUGAUGCGAUGGUCCGUGCCUUGUUGUAGAAACAGAGACCCCGAAGACAACCAAGUGCGGGGGUUUGCUAUUUACACAUCCUAUUUUCUUCUUGCCCAUCUGGUAGUGGUUGCAAGCUGCGAAACAUGGCAUAUGCGACAACGACGGGGAGUGCAGGGCCCAUCGGCAUAGUCAGGCAGGAAGGAUUCCAGCUGCCCUCGCCAGCCAACAGCAACGCUUCCAACUCGCCAGGAUCCGAUCCCCCCCCGACAUCCCCGCCUCCAGACGCCACCCCCUCGUCCUCCUCGUUCAUGCACAACAGCAGCGUCUCCUACAUCCACGACGCCUUCCGCAAGUUCCCCUCUCACCAUGCAAAUCAAAAUGCGACCCCAACCUCUGCUGCCGUCGACAUCGCAGACGAGCUCGCGAGUCUGAUCGAUCCCCACUCUCACCUGUCUUCGUCAGCCCAACCACACUCCCCAAACACCUAUGAAGAACCAUACAGUCAUAAUAUAUUCGACAUAUCUGCCCACCCUACCACCUCACACCACCCUCCCCACCCUUUUGCUUUUGCCCGCUCCUCGUCUUCAGCCACUGACAUGUAUCCCUCCCAACCCGACGUGCCCCUCCAGACACACUCUGGCCACUUCAACACCACCGGGGCCCCUCUCAACUCUGCCAUGCGCUUCGACACACACACAGACCCUCCUUCCCACCUCUCCCAAUUUAGGCACACUCCCUCUCCCUCUCAUCGCUCCCGUUCACGAUCCCGCGCUCCAUCUGUGGGUCCAGCCAGGGCUGCCGCUGUACGCAGGGACAGACGCGCGAGCUCCAUCUCCUCUCAUGUCAGCAGUACCUCUCCUCCACCCCGCCCUCAUGCCAUCCUUAUCCCAGGUCGCGGAUCCACCGCCAUGGGCGGCUUCUUCGUCCCUGGUCAGGCCCAAACACCAAACAUCUCAACAGCAGCGGUCCACCCUUGUGAUUACAACCUUCCCACUCCCGAAAGCCUCUCCCACUCCUUCGGCUAUGGAUCUCACCACAACAGUAACAUUCCAAAUCACGGUCAAUUCGGAACUUAUGCAUCGCCCUCUUCCCCAUAUUACACGUACAAUUCUGCCCCUCCACCUCGUCCCGGGACUCCGACCAGUUUGGGCAUCUCCCCCUCCGAUGUCGAUGCCUUCGGCGGCAUCGCCAUCACCAACGGGUUAAACAUGUCUGCCGUGCCUAUGGGUACACCUUGCUCCGUCCAUCCUUCCAGUUUACCCGCGACCGUAAGCGCCCCGCUUUCUGGCGGUCCACUCCAUCCCGGAUCUCAUUCAGUGUCUUCCCCUUCGUCUACAAAGAUGACACCCGCAGCGAGCGGAUUAGCUUCCGCCCCAAAACAACCGGACUCGUACCCUGACAAUCAGCUGUCAGAGAAACGUCGAAAACGACGAGAGUCUCAUAAUGCAGUGGAAAGAAGGAGACGGGACAAUAUCAACGAACGGAUCGGUGAACUUGCAGGCCUCAUUCCUGGCGUCUUGUUCGAGUGUGACAGUAAGUGAUCUUUCAUCUAGUUCGCGGGCCGUGCUGACGUACGUCGCUUCGCUCAAACAAUAUCUCAAUUGAAAUCUGCGGAACGUGGCCGUGCGUGCGUGCUCAGCCCCCUUGGUCGUUUCAACCGCG